AUGCCGCCGCCCUCCACGGCCUGCUCCUCGCCGGCUGACCUCGCCCCGCCCGGGCACUGGUGCAACGGCACGCAGCUGGUCCGCUCCUCGGAGCCCCCGCAGACCCUAGUCCGACGCGGACUUAGCGGUGCCGGCGACGCAGACGGCGCAGACGACAGCCUGUUCCCCUCGGCUGCCAUCCACGGACACGGCUCUCGCCGUCUCGAGGCUGGCGGCCUUUCGUACGACUGCAACACCUGCACGGGCGCGGCGACUCCUUGGUGCGGGGGGUGCUACUGGAAGGCGAAAAGCCACUUUGAAGACAACGGCGCGGGCCGCUAG